UAGAACAGAAGAAGAAGCCUGUGGGUCCCGCAGCAGCAGCAGCAGCAGCGUUAGCUUCCUUCCUCCGUGGAGUGUUUGUAGAGAGGCUGAUGAUGUGUGAGUGUUUGCAGGGAGAAUGUGUUCAGUCCAGCUUCAAGGAGAGUUUAUCAGCGAGCAGUUAACUCCUGCUGAAGAAACAUUGACGGAGGUUAAAGGAAGAGAGAAAAGGCCCAAAGUGGAGAUGGACGAUCAGCACAGACUGCUGGAUUUCACCAGGAUCCCCCAGAUCAUCUUACACCGGAUAGACCGCCUACAGGAUUAUGUUGGAAAACAAGAGGUUUUCCCUGAGCAGCAGUUCUCUGAACAGGAGAGGAAUUCCAGUUUGGACCAAGCAGAACCAGAACUUCUGCAGAUAAAAGAAGAGCAGCAAAAGCCAGAACAUCCCUGGAUAAAAGUGGAAACCAUGGAGCUCCACAUAAGUGAGCACGAAGAGCAGCUUGUUGAGACUGGAGAUACAGAAAGGAACCCUUUCCCAUGUUUGAGAUGUGGAAAAAGGUUUCUGAAGAAACAAUAUUUAAUGGUUCACAUGAGAACUCACACAGGUCGGGAGAUUUACAAAUGUUGGUCUUGUGGAAAAAGGUUUACCAGAAAACAAUAUCUUGAUAAACACAUCAGAACUCACACAGGGGAGAAACCUUUUGAAUGUUUGUCCUGUGGAAAAAGCUUUACCAGAAAAGACCAUCUUGAUAAACACAUCAGAAUUCACACAGGUGAGAAACCUUUUGAAUGUUUGUCCUGUGGAAAAAGCUUUACAACAAAAGAAAAUCUUAAUAAUCACAUCAGAAUUCACACAGGUGAGAAGUCGUUCUCCUGUACUCUUUGUGGCAAAAGUUUUAUUAGAAAAAAUAGCUUGACAUCUCACUUGAGAAUUCACAGAGGGGAAAAGCCUUUUAAAUGUGUGUUCUGUGGAAAAAGCUUUGGCCAAAAAUGGUAUCUUCAUGCACACAUCAGAAUUCACACAGGUGAAAAGCCUUUCAGAUGUGAGUCCUGUGGAAAAAGCUUCACCGAUAAAGGUUAUCUUAAUAAACACAUCAGAACUCACAUAGCUAAGAGUUUUAAAUGUGAGUCCUGUGGAAAAAGCUUUAGCCAUAAAGGUAUUUUUGAUAGACACAUCAGAUUUCACACAUGUGAGAAGACGCUCUCCUGUACUCUUUGUGGCAAAAGUCUUGCUAACAAACAUAACCUGGCUUCUCACAUGAAAAUUCACAGAGGUGAGAAGCCAUUUAAAUGUGAGUCUUGUGGAAAAUGCUUUAUCCAAAAAUGUGCUCUUGAUAAACACAUCAGAAUUCACACAGGUGAUAAGCCUUUCAAAUGUGUCUCAUGUGGAAAAAGCUUUAGCCAAAAAGGUUAUCUUCAUUUACACAUUAGAAUUCACACAGGUGAGAAGCCUUUCAAAUGUGUGUCCUGUGGAAAAAGUUUUACCGAUAAAAGUACUCUUAAUAAACAUAUCAGAAUUCACACAGGUGAGAAGCCAUUCUCCUGUUCUCUCUGUGGCAAAGGUCUUUCUAACAAACGUAUCUUGACUACUCACAUGAGAAUUCACCAGGGUGAGAAGCCUUUCAAAUGUGUGUCCUGUGGAAAAAGCUUUAGCCAUAAAUGUGGUCUUGAUAAACACAUCAGAAUUCACACAGGUGAUAAGCCUUUCAAAUGUGUCUCAUGUGGAAAGAGCUUUACCAGAAAAGACCAUCUUAAUAAUCACAUGAGAAUUCGCACAGGUGAGAAAAGUAUUAUAUGUGUGUCCUGUGGAAAAAGCUUUACUCAUAAAUGUGCUCUUGAUAAACACAUCAGAAUUCACAUAGGUGAGAAGCCAUUCUCCUUUCCUCUCACUGGCAAAAGUCUUGCUAGCAAACAAAGCAUGAUUUGUCACAUGAAAAUUCCUACAGGUGAGAAGCCAUUCUCCUGUACUAUUUGUGGCAAAGGUCUUGGUAGCAAACAAAGCCUGAUUUGUCACAUGAGAAUUCACACAGGUGAGAAGCCAUUUUCCUGUACUCUUUGUGGCAAAGGUCUUGCUAGCAAACAAAGCAUGAUUUGUCACAUGAGAAUUCACACAGGUGAGAAGCCUUUCAAACAUGUGUCCUCUGGAUAAAGCUUAAACACUUCAGAUCUCACACAGGUGACAAGCUGUUGUCUUGUACUCUUUGUGGCAAUAGUUUCAUUUUAAAGCUUAGCUUGGCUUCUCACAUGAGAAUACACAGAGGUGAGAAGCCUUACAAAUGUGGAUCCUAUGGAAAAAGCUUUACCCAAAAAAGCACUCUUGAUAAACACAUUAGAAUUCAUACAGGUGGGAAGCCGUUCUCCUGUACUCUUUAUGGAAAAAGUCUUACCAGCAAACAAAGCUUGAUUUCUCACAUUAGAAAUCAGACAGGUGAGACACCAUUCUCUUGAACUAGGUGUGGCAAAAGUUUAAUCAAAAAGAUAGUUUGACAUCUCACAGAUCAACUCGUGAGAAAUCCAUUCAUGAAUCUGAUCUAAAAAGAAAGAUUUAUUGAUUCACAUAAGAAGUCAUAUCAGUUAAACGCCCGUGGAAUGAACAGGAGAGACCUUGUCCAUGUUUUACACGUGAUAAAAAGCUGUAACACACCGAAACAUGUUUUUUUAAAGAGCUAAACAAGGUUCAAAUUGCUUAUUUUAUUAUAAGUUAAUAUUUUGCUGAUAUAUUGCUGAUGAAUUUGAAUCUGCUAUAACUUGGUAAAAAGCCUUUGGCUUAAUAAUGUAUUACAGAAGUCUUUCACUUCUGUAGAAGUGCAUUUUUUUGUUGUCAAUUUUUUUAUUUUUUAUUUUUUACAUCUUUUAAAUAAAACUGUCAACAAAAACAUUAUUCGCUCCACCAUUUCUUGGCCAUAGGGAUAAAAGUAAAAAGUUACAAAUUGCAACUAAAACUUGUCUACCAAAAAGAGCGCAUUGCUGAAAAAUAUCAAUGGAUCAAGAUUGAAUGUGUUUCUGCACAAGAAUGGAUAAUUUGGAACGAAAGUCAAACCUUCUACAGAAAUUUGAAAUUUUUUCCAUUAAAUGUCAGAUUUACAAUCUGUGUUGAUUUUCACUUUAAAAUCAUAUUUUCUUUUAUGUUUCUGCUUUUUAAAGAUCUUUUACAGGUUACAUUUUCUAUUAUUUUUUUUCCCAUAGUUUUGUUUCUGAUUCUGUAGAUGUUUUAAUAACCUUCUGUCAUUUAGAGAAACUAUCGUCUGUUUUAUAGAACUAGAUUUUAUUGAAUUGUUUUCUGCACUGGAUGUUUUCCAUGAAUGUAUUCACUUCUAGAUUGAUGAACCAAGCAGAAAUAAAAACAUGGAUUGUAAAGAUU